GACCAGGCAACAGAGGACAAAGGGCAGAAGGAAGACUAAUCACGGAGGAGAACUUCAAUAUAUUGGAGAUAAAUGGACUACAAUCAAAGCAAAGUCCAGGCCUAUAUAUGACCAGUAAGCGGUCCAGGUCCACCUGUCCUGCAGAAGUUCCUCCUAGGUUUACUUACAGCCAUGCAGCCACUUGUUAAAAGUGUCAAAAUGGUUUCUUGGAAUCAAGAUGAUCAAAAGAAAGACAACUCGAAGCCUCCUUUCCACCCCAUGCAGCCCCCCAAAAUCACUAUUCCAAGGGCCCACGAGCGAGACAAGAGGGAGAGGCGGGAGGGCAGACGCACAAGGGAAGAGCUGUCCCGUGAUGACUUGCUGUUUCUUCUCAGUAUUCUGGAGGGAGAACUACAGGCCAGAGAUGAGGUCAUUGCUGUGUUGAAACCAGAGGAGACAGAUUCAGCUCUACUGGGGGCCCGAUAUGGUUUCAGCAGACCGGAGAAGGUGCUCCGUGCCCUGCAGAGAGACUCCCUACGGGCCCAGCAGGACCACCUGCAGGAUGUGUACAAAAAACCCAUUGCUGAGCUCAACAACUUCGUGGCGGCCCAGAAGCGCUCCUCCGAAUGGAUGCAGGAGCAGCUCCUGGAGGAGUCCCGCUCUCACAGCGGGGCCCUACACAGGCUCGAGGAGCAGGAGAGGAGCCACCGGGCCUUUAUCCAUAAGAGCAACUGCCUGACCACUCUACUGGAGGAGGACAGAGAGAGACUCAAGCUCCUAAUUGUAAAGGAGAGAGAAUACCAGGAGAUUAAGGAGAAGAAAAGUGAAAAAGAAGUAUCAACGCUAAAGGAUGAGCUCACCAAGCUGAAGGCGUUUGCACUGCUGGUCGUAAGGGAGCAACAGUGUCAGAGCGAGCUGCUGGAGGAGCAGAGGCGCCGCGUCAAACAACUGACCGCCGUCGCUGACCGCAUCAACCGGGAGGUCAGUGCCGCUCACCCCGGCGCAAAGAAGGAGGAGCUUGAGUCCCUGCACCCUAAUCAAGUUUCCACCUUCCACCGAUGCCACAACACCAUGACAGCCCCAAGCCUGCUGUCAGAGGUCGAGUUACUGAGGAGAAGGGUCGUGGAAAUGGAGGGAAAGGACGAGGAGCUGAUACGCAUGUGGGACCAGUGUCGAGACCUGGACCGCAGCCUGGCCAGGGAGUCCAGCCACUGCCGUAGCUUGAAAGUGGAGGUGGACGAACUCAAUGGCAGAAUCAGCGAAUUGGACCGGAUAGAGGAGGCUUUGGGUAAGAGCAAACAGGACUGUAGUGUUCUGAAGGGCAGCUUGGAGCGAGAGAGAGAGGUGAGCAAGGUGCUGUCGGGCGAGCUUGACACUCUGAAAGUUAGGGUGAGUGAGCUAGAAGCCGUUGAAGGCCAACUGGAAAAGAGUGAGUCGGUGGUUAGACAGGACCUGGCCAAGCUCAGGUCACUGACUGUAGCUCUGGUGGAGGACAGAAAGACCAUGGCCGAGAGGCUCCGACAGGCUGAGGAAAAACUCUACAGGAAGGAGGGCAAAAGAAAUGAGCAAAGCAAUUUGGCAACAAUGACAGAGAGGCUGAGAGAGGAGAGGCAGCAGGCACUGAGGUCUAAGGCUGAUUUAGAGGAGAGGAUUAAGGGCAUAGCAAAGGAAAAAUACGAGCUCCAAGACAGACUAAAAACCGAAGGGGAGAGGAAUGGAGAGCUCCAGAGUAAAAUCACUCUAAUGAAGAAAAGGUUACAGCUCUUGGAAAACAGGAAAGAGAAAGAAAAGUACACACACAGCUCCAUUCCAAACAACGCAGACCACCACUGCCACACAGAGGACAACAAAGUCAAAGAACUGACCCUGGAGCUAGAAAGACUGCAAAAGAGACUACGGGAUAAGGAGGUGCUGGAGGAAGAACUGAUGAAGGUGGAAAAUGACUUUGAGUCCCUGAAAAAGAGGUUCAUGGAUGAACAGAGGAGGUCCUUAGCCCUCGCAGAGGAGCUGGAGGAGGCAAAGAGGGAGCUAUCCAGGUACGAGCAGGCAGAGAAGCAGGAGGUCAACCAGGAGCACCUCCUCCUCUGCCGUCUCCAGAAGGAGCAGGUCAAGUCCAGACUAUUGGGCAGAGAGGUCGACUCCCUGAAGGAGAAACUCCAGAAGCUGAUGGGGACCGAGGAGUCCAUCAGCAGGGUUCAGACGGAUCACUCCACGCUGCAGAGGAAGCUGACCCAGCAGGAAGCCAGUAACAGAGAGCUGGCCAGAGAGAUGAAGGAACUGUGUAGCGAGCUAGACCGGCAUGGACAAAUCAAGAACCUUACAACCGGUGCAAACAAACAAUGCUUUGCAGACCUCCAUCAGACCACCAAAGAGGUUCAGACUGACCCAGAAGACAGCCUGCCACCGGACUACAGCGAGCACAGUGAGAAACUAGAAGAAGAGGAGGAUGAGGACCCGAACCACAAUGCGGUCAUAAACAGAAGAAGCUCUCUCAUCAACAACCUGAACAGCUUGAACAGCACAAAUAAUAACAUGAGCCAAUACAGCAGCCGCUCAGCCAACGGCGGAGACAUGCACCAAGCGGUUAACGGAGACGUGAUGAUGUUAACGCACACGACAGGGCAGCCCUUGCAGAUCAAAGUAACGCCACAUCACAUACUCAACACGGCCACACUCGAGAUAAGCAGCCCCACCGGAGACGCAGCUACGUCCUACACCAGCACAGCUGUCAUUCCGACGAGCGGAGCCUCGCCUAAGCAGAGAAUUAUGAUCAUCCAAAACUCAGCUCUGUCCGCGGUUAAUACUAAAACCCCGCCUUCGAGCCCCGACCGUACCAUCUCCCCACUUGACGGUGCACCCCUCUCUCGGGUGUUGAAUCCAAAUUCACCGCGCUCCGCGACGCCCGACCACGGCAACUCCCCCGUUCAGAUUGUAACCGUCAGGACCUGUUCUCCAGAGCCAAUGGAUGCCGCGAAUCAGGCGGUCCAAUGCAAGACACCGGAGCGGCAGAACAGCUGGCAACAUCAGAGGUCCGGCAGCACCGACACAAGUCCCGGUAUCAUGGCCACAGAGGAUAACAAGAUCCAUAUCCAUCUGGGGAGCCCAUAUAGCCAGUCUCUGAAUGGUAUGACUCACAGCAUCCCGCAGCCUGUCGGGCCGUACUAUCUCCGACAUGAGCAAAGGACUCAAGUGCUCGCCAACGGCUGUCAUGUCAAAGGUGUUGGCACGAUUACGAGUAGCAUCACUAUAUCCCCUGCUGCCUCCUCAGCCUCACAUUCCUCAAAUAUAACAGUAAGUGGCCUUUUUGAUUAGGUGAGAAUGUGUAUAUUCCUAACCUACAGUAUUAUGUUUUCAACUAAAACAAUUCACUUUUUCUAAUGAGAACCCAGAGUUUUUUUGUAUUUUGUAACAUUCAUGAAAUAAAUGCUUUGUGGUAUUUUUCCCUAUAUGAGUCUUUGUAUAUCCUAUUUGGUGUAGUGAGUGUAUGUAUAUGACAUGUGUGUCUAUCACCCUUAUGAGAGCUAAGGGAGACAGCAUCACAACCAAAUGUGUGAUGUGCCAUUUCAAUUUUCUGUUCCAUCAAUGUUUUUUUUCUUCUGUUUAUUAAAAAAAUGUUUGUGUUG